AUGAUCCGCUUUAUUGUCACAGCAACAGCGAUAAUAACCAGUUCCUCGGCAAUCUACUUCUACAUCUUCCAUGAGCGCCUAUCAAAGCGCAUAACACACAAAUCCCACCUCGGAACUCUUUCCGCAGCCCCAAAACCAACAAGUAUAAAAUCAAUCCCAGAGACUGUUUUUAGCAAUGAGUACUUUACGAUCUACGACCACGCCUCAAAGUCUGUGCCGCGGGCCUCCCUCCCUAGCAAUGAGGCUACAGACCUGCUCUUCAAAAGACUCGUGUGCCGCAACAUGAUGGCUUUCUCGCGAUUCCCGCAGGCACUUGUGCUUGCUAUGGCUAGUAAAACACCGGAACAGAAGCAGAGCUUCAAGACGGGAUAUCUUGCCGCGCUGGAUUUUGAGGUCGGCGAUUUGGUUUGUGGGGUUUAUCGUGUUGUGGUGCGGAGGAGGGAUCGGGUUGAAUUUGAGAUCAAGAUGGAGGCAAUAGAUUUUGUGCAGGGGAGGUUGGCGAUUAGUUAUGAGGAAAGUAGCAGUCAGGGGGAAGAGGGGAUGGUCAUGUUUUCUAGUGAGACUGUUAUGUGGAAGAGAGCGGACGAGGUUAGGAGGAUGCCGAUGGAGAGGCCUUGGUUGAAGUGGAUGCAUGAGACUGCUGCUUGGUGGUUGAUGGACUCUGGAGUUAGGUACGUGGUGGAAUUGGAGGGUUGA